AUGGGGGACCCCAUUCGAGACCACAGCAUCUAUUCGCAGGCUGAAAACUGCAAAGACCAGUUCGAUAGAUACCUUGAAGCGCCAAGAGUGCAUGGAAACCACGUCUCCAAAUGCUAUGACCGGUUUCUGACAUGGGCAAGUUUCCUGGGUGUGUUUGCCAACGACGCUGUUUCCCUGGAUCGUCGCUUGAAACACAAUCCGGAUAUCAAAGAGCUAGUAUUGUCGAUGCUCCGAGUUCUAUACAAAAACCUCACAUGGGGCAUAGAGUACCAUGGGCUUAGGUUCGCACAGAGGAAAAGCGCCGUGGACACGAUUCCUGACCAUGAUGCCAUUGUAUCCGGCAUCCUUGGUUCCAUCGACCGUCUCCAUCGACUAGCCGUGGUUAUUCGACACUCCCCUAGGACAGAUGAGGCACAGAGGGUUCAGAACUUUGCCAGCAAGCUAGACCCUCACGUGGAAGCCGAUUUCUUCCAUUUUAUUUUCGAGUGUCUCCGAUAUCUCUUUCCAGAUGCUGAGAAAACCCUACUAUCCCAACUGCGGGAUAGUAUUGUAUACCGACGUAACCGACUGCUCUGGAAUCGGAGACAUACAGAGAAGCUGUCACGCCAUAGAAGAGACACGGAACCUGCCUGCCCUCCAUCUUCAAAAGAUUUUGGCCCUGGCCCUCGUCGAGAGCUUUUCAAGAGCAAGCAAUCCCAAGGGCCGCGCAAAAUCCAUCCCCUAGCCAAAACAGAUGACACUUUAUCCUCAACACAACCGUCUCGAAGGCUACUGCAACAGUUUGACACAGUGCCAUUGUCACGUGGUCGAGGAGAAAGCAGCAGAAAGCCUGGACGUAGCGUUUGUUAUUCCAGUCUCCCAUCAUUAACUCGAUAUCCAAGCCGACCUAAGUCUGCUGCCGGUGGCACUAGGAUGGCAUGCCCAUACUGUCUCGACGAGGUGGAACUUCCACCGAGCGCUUCUAAGAAACACAAGGAUGCCUUGUGGAGGAAGCACCACGAUGCAGACCUCAAACCGUUUGUGUGCGUGUCGGAAGACUGUGGAACGUUACCACCAUCUUUCUCAACCCUCAAGCAGUGGAAAUAUCAUAUGCAAGAUAAUCAUGGCAAGGACUGGACUCAAUGGAUACACAACCGUCUUUGGCAAUGUCCUUUCUGCAGCGAAGGAGAGCCGUUCUUGACCAAAGAAUUGCUGCUCCAACACAUGACAGAAGACCAAGCAGAAGAACAUCCAUCGACUUUGAGCGAUGUCGAAGCUGCGUGUAUUAUUAUGCAAUGCAAACCCCUUCAACGAAGGGUGAUCAGUCAAUGUCCCCUCUGUGAUCCACGUCUGGAAAUUACCGAUCUUCUCAACAGCACUACGAAACCUGGCAGCACCAGUGCACAGUCUGACGACUCACAAGAACACUUCGCGAUGCACCUACACAAUCUCGCUCAGUGGUCAGUCUUUUUCUGGUACGGAAACAUUGACGAUGUGGCAGACAUACACGACGGCUCGACAGCCACUGUCGCAGUUGAUGUCAACUCGGAAAAACGCGGCGGCGACGAUACGCAGCAAAACACGAGAGCCCGCUCAUUUCACCUUGAUGUGGGAGAGGAUGAGCUGGAACGGCUGACAAAUAUCAGAGCCAUGUUGGAAUCAUCCAAAGAAAUGCAAUCUAGCCUUAUUUUAGAGUUGAACUCUGCUGUAUCCGGGCCUGUUGACAAGCCGCAGAAAUCUGAAAUCCAACAUGAAACAGUUAUUUCCGCAAUGUCUUCCGCAUUUGGAGAGUUAAGUCAGCGAGAGUUAAAGAGAAUUCGAGCGUCGAACGUCGAGUCAGAUGAAGACUCCGAUUUUCACUCAAAUUCCGACUCGAGAGAGACUGGCGUCGAAUUUUCCAUCGUCAACGACUUGGGCUUGAGCAUGACUCCGUUUCAGCGUCUGGGCCAAACCCCUUCCCAAGUCUCGUUAAGGAGCGUGAUGUCGCCGGCGGAGCUCCGUGGACACCUAAAUCUUGUCACAGUGUCUCAUGCUAAUGCCGAGGACUCGAUUCGUGAGGCAAUUGGGCUCAGUCUAAACACUAGCAGGACGAGUGGAGGAGAGACAGAGAAGCAGUACUUGCCAAUUAGUGAGAUGGAAAGGAUAUUCACUAUCGACACUAUUAAAGCUCUCGCAAAAGAAAAGUACAGCAAAGCGACAAACGCAGAAUUGGAGAUGAGAAUUAAUCAGAUCAUGCCACGGCGAUGGAUCCUAGGAGUAUUGCUCUAUAUGCGCAGGUUCGACUUUUUCGAGGCAUUUGUUCAAGAAGCCAUCCUGGAUGUUCACUUGCCUCUCGCACCUACGAGUUCUGCCACGGAAACAAGCACUCUAAUAAGAAGUCUCGGCAUAAAAAACACUACCUUACUGCGUAAUUGGAAUCCCGCGGAUCGGCAGCUCUUCUACUCUGUUCAGGCUAUAUUUUUCAUUCCUUUUUUCAGCAUGCAAGUUGGCAUACUGAGAUUAUAUGUUAUGGACUCCAUCGUACCACUGCCAUGGCGACAUUGUGAGUACAAGACCAGUGGUAUAAACUCAAAGACGUACAAAGUUGAGGUCCACCCAAGUCAGCAUGACUUCAAACCGAUUGAGGAGCUAACCACGUGGCAAGAUGAGAAGGGUGACGGAAUAUUGUUGCACGGUGCUACCAGUGUCGAUGGAACAGCGUGGGGCCUUCAUGGAGAUAUUAGGCCAGCAAAUAUCCUAUGUUUCUCGUCAGAUGGCGAGGAUGGAGAUCUCCUGGCCCUUUGUUAUAUGGGCCUGUCGCCCAAGGGAUCACAUGGUUGGCCCUAUCGUCCCCCGGAGAUGCGGGUGUUCCGGUCCAUUUGUCCCAAAUACGAUAUAUGGCAGCUGGGAUGUCUAUAUCUGGACUUUUGUACCUGGUGGCUAGAAGGGUAUGAGGGAGUUUCCAGGCAGAAAGUUGGGCGAUUAGCGCAGUCAACCCCGUCUAGUACGGUAUGGGAAGAGAAGUUCUUCGUUGUUUCAAGCACAAGUGGAAAAGAGGAAGCUAAGAUUAACCCGGCGGUCUUGGAGGGUAUUGCGGAGUUGCGCGAGGCGCAUGCAGACGAUCCUUUCGCACGACCGAUGUUGGAGCUGAUCGAGAAGAAAAUGCUCCUUGUGGAUAUAACAAAACGCCUUUCAGCCGACGGCCUUUGUGCUGCAAUUUCCCAGAUCGCCGGUCAGCUGCAAUAA